UGUGGCAACAGAUUCAUACAGGCUCUGGAAGGAGGACAUUGCUCUACUUGCCCGCUAUGGCGUCAAGUCUUAUCGCUUUUCCUUAUCCUGGUCUCGCAUCAUCCCGCUUGGUGGCCGCAACGACCCCGUCAAUCCCAAGGGUAUAGCCUUCUACUCCAAUCUCAUCGACGCACUGCUGGAACAUGGCAUAAUCCCAUUUGUUACUUUAUACCACUGGGACCUUCCCCAGGCCCUGCAUGACAGAUAUGGCGGGUGGUUGAACAAGAAUGAGAUCGUUCAGGACUAUGUCCACUAUGCCAAGGUCUGCUUCCAGGCUUUCGGAGACAGAGUCAAGCACUGGCUGACAGUGAACGAGCCCUGGUGCGUCUCAAUUCUGGGGUAUGGAAGGGGCGUCUUCGCGCCAGGACGAUCAAGCGACCGAGAAAGAUCACCCGAAGGCGACUCCUCCACUGAACCGUGGAUAGUUGGCCACAGCGUCAUUUUAUCGCACGCAUACGCAGUCAGACUUUAUCGCGAGGAGUUCAAGCCUGCGCAGGGUGGCCAGAUCGGAAUCACGCUCAAUGGUGACUGGGCCAUGCCAUACGAUGACAGUCCACAGAAUGUGGAAGCGGCACAGCACGCCCUUGACGUAGAUCCAAUCUAUCUCGGUCAUUACCCGGAAUACAUGAAACAGAUGCUCCGGCAGCGUCUGCCGGAGUUUACACCGGAGGAAUUGAAGGUCGUCAAAGGAUCCUCUGAUUUCUAUGGCAUGAACACCUACACCACCCACUUGUGCAGAGCCGGUGGCGAUGACGAAUUCCAAGGAUUCGUCGAGUAUACUUUCAUCCGUCCUGACGGCACUCAAUUAGGUACCCAAGCGCACUGUGCCUGGUUACAGGACUACCCCGAAGGAUUUCGCGAUUUGCUUAACUACAUUUGGAAGAGAUAUAAACUACCCAUCUACGUCACUGAAAAUGGAUUCGCUGUCAAAGAUGAGAGUUCAAAGUCGAUUGAGGAGGCAUUGCAGGACAACGACCGCGUGAACUAUUUCAAGGGUAAUACCGCUUCUCUCAAGGCUGCUGUGCUUGAGGAUGGUGUCGAUGUCAGAGCCUAUUUCCCGUGGAGUAUGGCGGAUGGAUACAUCACACGAUUUGGCGUAACAUACGUCGAUUAUGAGACCCAAAAGCGAUAUCCCAAGGAGUCUGCGAAAUUCCUUGUUAAGUGGUUUGGAGAUAACGUCGAUGCGGACGACAGGAAAUCAUAGGACUCUGUUGCUUUCGCCCGAGCAUUGUUGGAGGACUGGUGUGUGAUCGAUUGUACCUAUAAGUUAGUGAGGUAUCUCAGGGGAAUCUGACUCGCUGCUCUUGUUUUGUGUAUCCAUUUGCCAGUUGUUUAGUAUUUUACGUAGCGUGACCGAUUCUUUGUACUGUGCCCAGACAUGGUAGUUCCUCGUGUAUUAAGUGAGAGGUGUUUGGUCAGGAUGUUAUAGAAUACAAGGAAAUCAAAACCAUCAGUCAGUGUCCCCUUGUGUCAACUCCAACAAGACCUCCUCCACCUUCCUCCACCUCUUCAUAUCAU